AUGAAGACAUUCACUCGAAAUGCGGUCGCAGAGCAUAUUUUACAAGGACAAAUAUUAGUUAUAUACAAAUCUAAGGUACUGAGAUUAAAUAGUUGGAUUGAUAAGCAUCCUGGUGGUGAUUUAGCCAUAUUACACUUCGUUGGACGAGAUGCUACGGAUGAGAUAUCUGCAUAUCAUGACGAUGCUACGAUAGAGAAGCUCUUACCACGUUUUAUUGUUGGACAACUAGACGAGAGCGAUUCUGAGCCAUUCUACCCCCUCAUCCCGCCUGUUCAGCUUGGUUGGCGAGGCGAUAAGCGCGAAGGACACACCACGCAGGCGAUUGGAAGGUUCAAUGGUAGUGGAAAUAAUACAGAGGACAAAGAAAUCGAACCACAUCUUCCAAAGUCUAAAUUCGCUAAUAUACCACUCACAAUGCAGGAGUUGGAACCUCCAACACCCACUGAUGAGAGUUUAGACAUCAAAAGGCAGUUUAAGAUAUCGCAGAAUUAUCAUAAGCUGCACGCUGAAGUUAAGAGACGUGGACUGUAUACAAUUCAAUCGGAUGCUUACCUCUAUGAAUGCAUACGGUAUACCGCUCUAUUGGUAAUUUUUGCAUUACUUUACUUCAAAUUAGAGUGGAAGGUCCUUGCAGCAAUUCCACUAGGUUUGUUCUGGCAUCAAAUUACUUUUGUUGUACACGAUGCUGGUCAUUGUGAAAUUUGGGGGUCUCAAAAGACAGACAAAACUCUUGCAUGCUUUAUUGCCUCCUACAUCGGAGGCCUUAGUGCUAAUUGGUGGUGUGAUAAUCAUGAUAUUCAUCAUAUUGUCACCAAUCACCCAGAACAUGAUCCAGAUAUCCAACAUAUACCUUUUUUCGCAAUCUCAACCAAGUUUUUCAAUUCAAUGUGGAGUACUUACUAUAGACGGGUAAUGGAGUUUGAUGCUUUUGCGAAGCUUGUACUUCCAAUACAACAUAAUCUCUACUACAUUGUUAUGUCGGUGGCUCGGUUCAACUUGUUUGCGCUGUCGUAUAUAUAUCUCUUAACGAAAUCAAAGAAUGACUGGUACAGGAAUUUUGAGAUAGUCGGUGUCAGCGUUUUCUGGACUUGGUAUGGCAGUCUUAUCAGUCACAUACCCUCCCAUUUUGGCAAAUUCGCAUUUUUAUUACUAAGUAAUGUUGCUGCAUCACCCGUACACGUCCAGAUUGUACUGUCACAUUUCGCAAGGUCGACGGACGACUUGGGAUUGACUGAAUCGUUUGCACACAGGCAACUAAGAACGACGAUGGACGUCGCAUGCCCUUGGUAUUUGGACUUCUUACAUGGUGGCCUUCAUAUGCAGGUGUCACACCAUUUAUUCCCUCGCAUACCUCGUCACAACUUACGUGAAGUCCGCGACAUGGUUGCAAAAUUCGCAGCUGAAAAUAACUUGGAAUAUGCAGAGCAUGGAUUCGUAGCUGGUAAUGGUCAAGUACUGGAUGUACUACGUAAUGUCGGUGAGCAGGUCAAAUUCGUAUCGAAGGUUGCCGCAAGUGAGGCAUCUCAAAAAAUGCACAAGACUGCAGUUGUACAGUAAAUUAUUAUAGAUUGAUCGUUUCAAAGUUUCACAACAUGAGUGCGAAUGUAUGGAAAUUUUAUUUUAGUCUCAGAUGUCGUACUGUGAUCUCCACAGACUGAGAGCUACUUAUACUACUAUUGUUUCAGAUAAUGCGGAUGUGUCAUACAUCGAAGUUGGACUAUAUAUACCAUUUUAUUCCAUAUUGAAAACUUCUCUAUUCAGUACUUCUUUUUAUUACUAUUGAUAACAA